ACGGCUCCAGACGGCUGGAAGAACUCCGUGCGCCACAACCUCUCCCUGAACAAGUGCUUUGAGAAAGUGGAGAACAAGUCGAGCGGCGCCUCACGCAAGGGCUGCCUCUGGGCCCUGAACCCGGCCAAGAUCAACAAAAUGGAGGAGGAGAUGCAGAAGUGGAAGCAGAAGGACAUGGCCGCCAUCCACCACAGCAUGGCCAACCCAGAAGAGCUGGACAAGCUCAUCACGGACCGGCCGGAGAACUGCCAGCGGCCCAGAAAGAUGACCAAUGCCAACAUCUCUGGACACCUCUCUCAGACCGUGAUGAUGCUCUCCAUGCCGCCGAUGCGCCACCGCCACCAGGUCCAGGCGCCACAGGCCUGCAUGGUGCCCGAAUCCCUGGCGCCUGCACAGACACCUCCUUCGCACAACGCCCUGCACGACACGACGCCUGGACCCAUUGCUCCGCAGCACCAUCACCACGACAACGCCGUGACGCACGGCGGACACAACUUCCUUGGCGCCAUGAUGGCUGACAUGAAUACUGAGGUGGACGCCCUUGACCCCAGCAUCAUGGACUUCGCACUGCAAGGUAACCUUUGGGAAGAGAUGAAGGAUGAGAGUUUCAACCUGGAGAGCCUGGGCACCUUUGACUGCAGCCUUGGUCCGGCCGCUGCGUCCAGCAGGAGUGACCACUCUUUCCCGGAUGUACAAGUCACUGGCCUCUACGCCACAUACACCGCCAUGGACACCGUCACAGUGGACUCCUCUGCCUUGCCGUAUCUGAAUGCCCAAGGGAGCGGAAAGCCCAUCACCCUCCUCUGAAUGGGAUCUGCCUACGGACCCCACUAUGUCCCCUCAGUAGCUCCAUAUAGUGCUACAGAUUGCAGCGCUCAUCAUCCAAGAGCAUAAUAAUAAAUAUUAUCCAGCGCCCAUCAUCCAAAGGCAUAGGUCCAGAUAUUGGUACAGACUGCAACUAGGACACAUAAGGCCAUAAACAAUGGAGGAUUAAUUAAGGAUUGAUUGACUUACAUUUUAGGCCAUGAUGUAGGGCUAGGGUAGCUAGUCUUUUGUAGGGCGUUUCUUAAUUAAUUCCAGUAAUUAAUGUUUGCAAACCGUAUUUAUAAUUUAUUUCCGAUGGAGACCAUUGUCGCAAAACUCUACAAACUGGACCUUUGGUUUCAAAGCGAUGUAGUAGUGUUUACUGUGUGUGUAAAUGUGGGUAAAAGUAACCGCAAGAAAAAACAAGGAUGAUGAUGCUAUAGAAGUACUGCUAAAGAGUUGUUGCCACUUUUGGGGGAGAGGUCCUUGCAAUGUUGGGGACGAUGGGAAA